GGCCAACAUGGUGAAACUCUAUCUUUACUGAAAAUACAAAAAUUAGCAGGGUGUGGUGAUGGGCACCUGUAGUCCCAGCUACUCAGGAGGCUAAGGCGGUAGAAUUGCUUGAACCUGGGAGGCAGGGGUUGCAGUGAGCUGAGGUUGCCCCAUUGCACUUCAGCCUGACGGAGCGAGACUGUCUCAAAAAAAAGUAGAAUCAUACAUCCUAGCACUUUGGGAAGCUGAGGUGGGAGGAUUGCUUAAGGCCAGGAGUUUGAGACUAGCCUGGUCAAACUUGUGAGAGUUUGUCUCUACAAAAAAACAAAAACAAAAAAAAUUAGCUAGAUGUGGUGGAGCAACCCUGUAGUCCCAGCUACUUCUGAGGCUGAGGUGGGAGGAUUGCCUGAGCCCAGGAGGCCAAGGCUGCAGUGAGCCAUGAUUGUACCACUGCACUCCAGCCUGGGUGACACAGUGAGACCAUGUCUCAAAAAAAAAAAAAAGAAGUGGAAUUAUACAGUAGUUUUCCUUCUUUGUCUAGCUUUUCUCACUUAGCAUCAGAACUUCAUUCCUUUUUCUGACUGAAGAACAUUCCAUUGUAUGUGUAUACUGUGUUUUAUUUAUCCGUUCUUUUGAUGGACAUUUGGUUUGCUUCCUCCGUUGUAGCUCCUGUAAAUAAUGUUGCUGUGAACACUGAUAUAGAAGUAUCUGAGUCCCUCCUACGCCUUUUUGUAAAGUUGCUUUAAUUCCUUUUUGAAACAAGGGGGCACAGAAAUAAGUGUUCACUCAUAAUGUUAUUGUACUAGUCUGUGUUCUGGGUUGUAGAAGCUGUGGGCUUAGAUAGUGUUGGAGGAGAAGAGGUGUAGAGAUGUUCCCUUCCUCACUCUUGAACUGACGUCUAGGCCUGGGUGUGACAGGCCUUUCUGCACCUGUCUUCUGUACACGUUUUCUGUCACCAUCGACUCUGGCUUGCUUUCCUGUCUCUUCUUAUUAUCCCUUUCUACUCUAUAGCUCCUUGCACCUUUUCACGCCAUCCAGAAAUCUCAGAACAGAUACACUUGGUGAUGUGCGAAGAAAUAAAAUACAAGAAUUUUUUUAAAAAAGCAUUCUCAAUCUCUUAAGAUAACUCUUCUAACUGAAAAAAAAAGCAUUCUCGUUAACAUAAAUGAAUUGUACUCCAGUGAUUGAGAUUCCACCCAGAUCAUAAUAAAUGAUGUAAAGAGAAAGAUAUUUUAGUGCAAAGGAUUGUGAAAUAGGUUGGUCUUACCUAGGGCCAGUUUCCUGCUUUUUACAGCUAUUUUCUGCUUUAGAAUUAUAUGUCAUCUAAAAGCACCAACAUGUUUUUUUAAUUGUACUUUAGGUUCUGGGGUACAUUUGCAGAUCAUGCAGGAUUGUUGCAUAUGUACAUACAUGACAAUGUGGUUUGCUGCCUCCAUCCCCCUGUUACCUACAUCUGGCAUUUCUCCCCAUGUUAUCCCUCCCCAACCUCCCCACCCCUGUUGUCUCUCCCCUAGCCCCCUGCAAGAGACCCCAGUGUGGGAUGCUCCCCUCCAUGUCCAUGUGUUCUCAUUGUUUAACACCCACCUGUGAGUGAGAAUGUGUCAUUUGAUUUUUCUGUUCUUGUGUCAGUUUGCUGAGAAUGAUGGUUUCCAGAUUCAUCCACGUCCCUGCAAAGGAUAUGAACUCAUAGUUUUUUAUGGCUGCAUAGUAUUCCAUGGUGUAGAUGUGCCACAUUUUCCUUAUCAGUCUAUCAUUGAUGGGAAUUUGGGUUGGUUCCAGGUUUUUGCUAUUGUAAACAGAAGCACCAACAGUUAUAGAACAUGGCUCCCACUAGUAGUGAAUAUCCUAGCAAUGGAGUCAGCAGGGGAAUCCCUUUGUGUAGAAGGACUUUUUAUGAGCCAAGAGCCACCUCUCUGGAUCUAGUAUUUAAUGAACAGUGAAUUGGGAAAGAUAAAAUAUUUAUUUAUUUUUUGAGAAAGAGUCUUGCUCUGUCACCCAUGCUCUGUCUCCUGGCUCACUGCAACCUCUGCCUCCUAGGCUCAAGAAAUCCCCUCUUUUCAGCCUCCCAAGUAGCUGGGACCUUAGGUGUGCAACACGAUACCGAGCUAAUUUUAUUUUCUUUUUUUUUUCUGUAGAGAAGGAGUCUUGCCAUGUUGCCCAGGCUGGUCUCAAACUUCUUAACUCAAGUAAUCCACCCAACUUGGCCUCCCAAUGUGCUGGGAUUACAGCUUCAGUUGUGGAGAGCCAAAAGGGUAUCAUUCCUCGAGCUAUUCAAGAAAUAUUUCAAAGCAUUUCUGAACAUCCUAGCAUUGACUUUAAUGUAAAAGUAUCUUAUAUAGAAGUAUACAAGGAAGACCUAAGAGAUCUUCUAGAAUUAGAGACAUCCAUGAGGGAUCUUCACAUCCGAGAAGAUGAAAAAGGAAACACAGUGAUUGUUGGGGCCAAGGAAUGCCAUGUGGAGAGUGCAGAUGAAGUGAUGAGUCUUUUGGAGAUGGGGAAUGCAGCCAGACAUACGAGUACCACCCAAAUGAAUGAGCACUCCAGCAGAUCACAUGCGAUUUUUACAAUCAGCAUUUGUCAAGUUCAGAAAAACAUGGAGGCAGCUGAAGAUGGAUCAUGGUAUUCCCCUCAGCAUAUUGUCUCAAAGUUCCACUUUGUGGAUUUGGCAGGAUCAGAAAGAGUGACCAAAACGGGGAAUACUGGUGAACGCUUCAAAGAAUCCAUUCAAAUCAAUAGUGGAUUGCUGGCUUUAGGAAAUGUAAUAAGUGCUCUUGGGGACCCACACAGGAAGAAUUCACACAUUCCAUAUAGGGAUGCUAAAAUUACCCGGCUUCUGAAAGAUUCCCUGGGAGGCAGUGCCAAGACUGUCAUGAUUACAUGUGUCAGCCCAUCCUCCUCAAAUUUUGAUGAGUCCUUAAAUUCUCUCAAAUAUGCCAACAGAGCACGGAACAUUAGAAACAAACCCAUUGUAAACUUCAGCCCUGAGUCAGACCGUAUAGAUGACAUGGAAUUUGAGAUUAAAUUGCUUCGAGAAGCUUUGCAAAGCCAGCAGGCUAAGGUCAGCCAAACUAACCAGAUCCAUCGAGAGGGGAGUCCUGAUACAAAUAGGAUUCAUUCUCUUGAGGAGCAAGUAGCUCAGCUUCAAGGAGAAUGUUUGGGUUACCAAUGUUGUAUAGAAGAAGCCAUUACCUUCCUGGUGGACUUAAAAGAUACUGUCAAACUAAACCAAAAGCAGCAACACAAAUUGCAGGAGUGGUUUAACAUGACCCAGGAGGUCAGGAAGGCUGUCCUCACUUCAUAUCGAGGAAUCGGAGGCACUGCAAGUCUGGAAGAAGGAUCACAGCACGUUACAGUUCUCCAGCUGAAGAGAGAGCUUAAGAAAUGCCAGUAUGCUCUCGCUGCUGAAGAAGUAGUAUUUAAUCAGAAGGAACUGGAGGUAAAGGAGCUGAAGAAUCAAGUGCAGAUGAUGGUACAGGAAAACAAAGGGCAUGCUGUAUCUUUGAAAGAAGUACAAAAAGUGAAUAGAUUGCGGAAUGAAAAAAUAAUAGAACAACAACUUCUUGUGGAUCAACUGAGUGAAGAACUAACAAAACUUAACCUGUCAGUGACUUCUUCAGCUAAGGAAAAUUGUGGAGAUGGGCCAGAUGCCAUGAUCCCUGAAAAGAGACCAUAUACUGUACCAUUUGAUAGUCGUUUGGGGCAUUAUAUUUAUAUCCCAUCAAGACAAGAUUCCAGGAAGGUCUGUACAAGUCUGCCUAUGUACUCUCUGGAUCGAAUAUUUGCUGGAUUUAGAACACGAAGUCAGAUGCUCUUGGGUCAUAUAGAAGAACAAGAUGAAGUCCUCCAUUGCCAAUUUUCUGAUAACAGUGAUGAUGAAGAAUCAGAAGGCCAAGAGAAAUCUGGAACUAGAUGUACUAGUCGUUCAUGGAUUCAGAAGCCAGACUCUGUUUGUUCCCUUGUUGAAUUGAAUGAUACUCAGGAUGAAACACAAAAGUCAAAUUUGGAAAAUGAUGAUGUAAAGAUUGAAUGUCUCCAGGAGAGUCAAGAAUUGAAUCUGCAAAAAUUAAAGAAUUCAGAAUGCAUACUUACUGAAGCUAAACAAAAAAUGAGAGAACUUACAAUUAACAUAAAGAUGAAGGAAGAUUUGAUUAAAGAAUUAAUAAAAACAGGUAACGAUGCCAAGUCUGUAAGCAAGCAGUAUUCUUUGAAAGUAACAAAACUAGAGCAUGAUGCAAAACAGGCAAAAGUCAAACUCUUUGAAACACAAAAACAGCUACAGGAGCUGGACAACAAAGAUCUUUCUGAUGUUGCAAUGAAGGUAAAAUUACAGAAAGAGUUCCGUAAAAAGAUGGAUGCUGCAAAGCUGAGAGUUCAGGUCUUACAGAGAAAGCAACAAGAUAGUAAGAAAUUGGCAUCACUGUCAAUCCAAAAUGAGAAACGUGCUAAUGAACUAGAGCAGAAUGUAGAUCACAUGAAGUAUCAAAAGGUACAGCUACAAAGAAAACUUGGAGAAGAAAAUGAAAAAAGGAAGCAACUGGAUGCAGCAAUUAAGCGUGACCAACAAAAAAUCAAAGAAUUACAGUCAAAAACAGGACAGGAAGACGGUCUAAAACCGAAAGCUGAGGACCCUGAUGCAUGUAACUUGAAAAGGAGAAAAGGUUCGUUUGGAAGUAUAGACCAACUCCAGAAAUUGGAUGAGCAAAAGAAGUGGUUAGAUGAAGAAGUAGAGAAAGUUCUGAACCAACGCCAAGAAUUAGAGGAGCUGGAAGAAGACUUAAAGAAACGAGAGGCUAUAGUUUCUAAGAAGGAGACCCUGUUACAAGAGAAAAGUCACCUGGAAAAUAAGAAAUUGAGAUCUAGUCAGGCCUUAAACACAGAUAGUUUGAAAAUAUCAACUCGCCUGAACUUACUGGAACAAGAAUUGUCUGAAAAGAAUGUGCAGCUUCAGAGCAGCACAGCUGAGGAGAAAAUAAAGAUUUCAGAACAAGUGGAAGCCCUCCAGAAAGAAAAGGAUCAGCUCCAGAGACGAAGACACAGCGUGGAUGAAAAACUUAAGAAUGGUAGAGUACUAUCACCUGAAGAAGAACAUGUUCUUUUCCAACUUGAAGAAGGGAUUGAAGCUUUGGAAGCUGCAAUUGAAUACAAGAAUGAAAGUAUCCAGAGUCGCCAGAACUCACUUAGAGCAUCAUUCCAUAACCUCUCUCAUAGUGAAGCAAAUGUCUUGGGAAAACUAGCUUGCCUGAGUCCUGUUGAGAUUAGAGCUAUUCUUUUCAGAUAUUUCAAUAAGGUGGUGAAUUUGCGAGAAGCUGAACGGAAACAACAGUUAUAUAAUGAAGAAAUGAAAAUGAAAGUUCUGGAACGGGAUAAUAUGGUUCGUGAAUUAGAAUCUGCAUUGGACCAUCUAAAAUUGCAGUGUGACCGGAGACUGACCCUUCAGCAAAAGGAACAUGAACAAAAGACGCAGUUGCUGUUACAUCAUUUCAAAGAACAAGAUGCAGAAGGCAUUAUGGAAACUUUCAAAACAUAUGAAGAUAAAAUCCAGCAGUUGGAAAAAGAUCUUUAUUUCUAUAAGAAAACUAGCCGGGAUCUUAAGAAGAAACUUAAGGAACUGGUAGGGGAAGCAAUUCGGCGGCAACUAGCACCAUCAGAGCAUCAUGAGGCUGGAGAUGGAGUCCUGAAGCCAGAAGAAGCAGGCAUGCUUUCAGAAGAAUUAAAAUGGGCAUCCAGGCCUGAAAGUACGAAAUUAAGUGGAAGAGAAAGAGAAAUGGACUGUACAGCAUGCAGCUUAAGAACACAACCAAAUCCCCACAAACUCUGGGAAGAUGUCCCAGAAUUACCUCCAAUUCAUAGUUCUUUAGCACCCCCCAGUGGGCAUAUGUUAAGCAAUGAGGAUAAAACAGAAAUAGAUGAUAAUCAGUUUACAAAAUCUCACAGUCGACUACCAUCCCAAAUUCAGGUUGUGGGAAAUGUGGGGCAACUUCAUGGUGUUACACCUGUAAAAUUAUGUCGAAAAGAAUUACGUCAGGUUUCCGCCUUGGAACUAUCAUUGCGACGUUCCAGUCUUGGAGUUGGGGUUGGAUCAAUAGCUGCUGAUUCUGUCGAAGUAUCUAAACCAAGUGACUUAAAAACUUAGGCAUUUAAUAACAGAACUUUCAGUAGACAUGUAAAAAGAUUCCUUUUUCUAACCUGUUAAAAAUGAAAGCUCAAGCUCACUACCUCUUUCCUCAGGAUAAAGGAAGAAGGGGAGGAAGGAAUCCCUAAUCCUUUUAUAUACUAUAGAUAUGUACAUCUUCUGUAACAUUUGGGGAUUUUUAAUUUAAAUUCCCAGUAACCAAACACGUUUCCAAUACUUGAUAACAUUUAAGUAUUUACAUUUACAAAUAUGCUUAAUGUUUUUUCCAGGCAUAUUUGAAGAACAAAACUAAUAAUAGACUAAAAUAUCUAGUAUAUAUUAUUAUAUACAUGUACAUUAUAAAAGUAUAUGAUAUGACUAUAUUAUUGUUAUUCUCAUAUACAAGUAUAUUGUUAUUUUUAAAAGAUCCAGCUAAAUCUUGCUUUUGUCAGAGGGAGUCACCUGCUGCAUAUGUGGGCUAAGACAACCUGUCAGCUUUAUGGAUUGAGGCUAAUUUACAGUCCUCAGAGCUCACAGAAAUGGUCAGUUGUGACUUUUUAAACUUGCUCACUGUUCUGUUUCUGGAACUUUUUUAUAUUUGUAAUGUUGUGUUUUUGGUUUGCUCAUAUUAUGCAAUAUAAGUUUUCAUGUCUUUCCUGCUCUGUACACUCAAUAUAUCUCUCAUUAUGCUACUAAAAUUGGGAGAAAUGGAUGCUGUUCCAUGGAACAGGGAAACAAUAGAAUAAAACCUAAAGCAUUCUAACAUUUCAAGAGAAAGAACACUGGUUACGACAUCUCUGGUCACAUGGACUGUGUCUGUAAAGCUUGAAGUCUGGCCAAAGCAUCUUUAAUGAUCUGAUGGGCUUAAGUCAGAUUUUUCUCUACAACCUCCGUAGUUAGGUUUUACAAACUGGCUAAACUACAUUGGGGCUAUAAAUAUGUCAAUGAAAUUUUUACUAUAAUCUCCAAGUUUUUCUGGUCAAAAUUUUACUAUAUAAUGUACAAUUUAGUUUGGUAUUAAGAACUAAACAAUUUGCCCACCAAAUGUAGUUUGUACUUUUUAACUAUACUUUUCAGGAAACAUCCAUUGUAGUGACCUGAGGAAUUAUUUUGUUACUUAUGUUGUUGUUACUUUUCCAAACUUUCACUUGUAAACCAAAGUUGAGUUUCUUAAACUAAUUACUGUUUGGGUGUGGGCAAUAGCAAAACCAUCCUGACACGGAUGCUUACUUAAUUAGAGUCACCCACUUCCUUGCUGAAUCCAUUUUUUCUGAUGUAGCACUACCACAGACCUUUUCCUUUUGUCCUUUCCUCUGUUGCCGUGGACUUGAGCAUUUCACAUAGGACCCAAGCUGUCACCCUGUGCUCAAAGACUGAAGGCUUCCUUUCUCUAGCUGCUAGCCCCUAGGGAGUAGUUUCUUGUUUUCCUUGCUAAAAUCCAGUUCCUUUAGGAAGCAGAUCAAAACAAAACAAACUUAUGAAAUGGGUAAUAGUUUAUCUCUUAAGCAUGGUACUAAAAUUCAUUUAAAUUAAAUAGAUUUCUGUGGACUUAUCUGGGAAUGAAACAAUUUAUAAUAUUCAUCCAAUGAGUUACUGUUUUCUAAAUUUCAAACAACUAAUUUAGAAACUAACUGGAAAAUUUUACACAAACCAAAGGUAAAACAUACAUGUUAUAAAUAUGUAUAAAUGCACUGACCUUUUGCCAUUUUAUAUAUAUAUAUAUAUACAUAUACACACGUAUAUAUGCAAGGAUAUAAGGAAAUGUGUUUGUAUUUCCACAGGUAAAACCAGUAUGUGUAAAUUAAUUAUUUCUAAUUAGGGCAUAACACAUUACUUAAUCUUACGAAGCAUUUAUAAUUAGGACAUUCAUUAAUAAAUACAUAUUUAUUUAUAAAUACAUUAUUGCUGUGCCUUGUUGAAGGCACUGAACUGACCUUUUGCCAUUAUCUAUAUCUAUAUCUAUAUAUACACUUAUAUAUAAACACUCGUAUAUAUAGUAUUAUAUAUACACUUGUAUAUAAAUAUAGAUAUAUCUAUAGGGUAUACAUUAUAAUUUCAUUUUAUAAUAUAUUUCAUAUGAUUUUUUAUUAUAUAUAGCUAUAAUAUAUAUAGAGAUACACUUGUAUUAUACAUAUAUAUAAUGGCUGAAGGUCUGUGCCUUUAAUAAUAACCACAGCAUUUACUUAUUUAUUUAGAGAUGGAGUCUUGCUCUGUCACCCAGGCUGGAGUGCAGUGUGUGAUCUUGGCUCAUGGUAACCUCUGCCUCCCAGGUUCAAGCGAUUCUCCUGCCUCAGCCUCCUGAGUAGCUGGGAUUACAGCUGCACGCCACCAUGCCUAGCUAAUUUAUUUUGUAUUUUUGGUAGAGACAGGGUUUCACCAUGUUGGCCAGCUGAUCUCGAACACUUGACCUUGUGAUCCACCCACCUUGGCCUCCCAAAGUGCUGGGAUUACAGGCAUGAGCCACUACGCCCGGUCAAUAAUAUUUUUAUAAAUAAAUAAAUACUUAUUAAUGAAGAUCCUAAUUAUAAGUUCCUUAUAAGAUUAAGUAAUGUGCCAUGCCUUAUUUAGAAAUAAUUCAUUUAAGAAUGUAUCCUGAUACUGGAAUCCUACUUGCUCAAGAAAUUAACACAUACUUGUUAAUUACCUGUGGAAAUAUGCAUUUCCUCAAAGCAAGUCACUAAUAAAGCAAGAAAAUGGAUAUCAAAACAACAAUGAUUAGGUUUGAUUAUACAAAUGUGAGUUGAUUUUUAAUAACAAAGAUAUGAUUUUUUUCUUCCUUUUGGUUAAACAUAUAUCCUUUAUAUACGAUGACAGAUUUCAUGCUACAUAUGCAAACACACAUAUAAAUAAUGUGAAUAAUAUAUUCUGGAAAUGAACCUCUGGUCAUUCUAGUUUAGUUGGUGUUCUCACAAAGGAAAGAAAAAAUUAGACACCUACCCAAGGCAAGUAAAAUUGUUUUUUUACAUAUUCUAAUAAUGAUUUUACUAUUUUUCACAUGCUUUGUCUAAACAUUUUGUCACUUUAUUGCCUUUUGCAUGUAUAUAAAAUGUUUGUGAUUUUCUUUUGUUUCUCUGUGAUAAAGCAUUUGAAAAGGAAAAAUAUUUAUACAGUACCAGUUACUUUCCUAAUUGUAGAGUGUUAUAGCUAACAGAGAUGGAAAGUUUUUUAAGUUGGGAACCAUAGGUGGUGAGAACAUUGAUGAAAGUGCUUUUGUGCUUUAAUAUUUGCUUUAUUUUGUUAAUGUAUUUUUUUUUUGUUACCUCAGUUCUUCAUAUCUUCAUGAACUCAGGGUCCAGAGACUCAGUAAAAAUACCUAUGAUCUUCAUUAAUGUGGUCUAGAUUGCCACUAGCUGUUGCCUUAUUCAGUGUAGGCCAAUAAAGUGAGGAACGCUUAUUUGAGACUAAAUUCCUUACAUUAAAAAAAAAUAAAAGUCUAUACUAAGUUUUGGAAUGAA